GCCAAUGAAAAAUCAACAGCACAAGGCAGAAAACCAUACUGGUUUUGCAAAACAGCCCAUCAGCUCCGAUCUCAGCUUUAUAUGCCCUGUGCCCGGUGCACAUAUAUCUCUAUAUAUAUUCCCCCCCGCCGUGGCCAUCUUCACAGCCACAUUUCUCCAUUGCAGUUCGGCUCUUAGGGUUCUAAGGAGCACGGAGAGAGAUGAGGAGGGGAAGAGUUCAGCUGAAGAGGAUCGAGAACAAGAUAAACAGGCAGGUGACGUUCUCGAAGAGGCGAUCGGGGUUGCUCAAGAAGGCCCACGAGAUAUCCGUCCUCUGCGACGCCGAGGUGGCGCUCGUCAUUUUCUCCGCGAAGGGGAAGCUCUAUGAGUACUCCACCGACUCCUGCAUGGAUAGGAUUCUUGACCGUUAUGAGCGGUACUGCUAUGCCGAAAAAGCGCUCCAGAUUACAGAACCGGAGUCACAGGGGGACAUAUGCAAUGAAUACGGAAAGCUUAAGAAUAAGAUUGAAGCAUUGCAGAAAAGCCGAAGCCAUCUCAUGGGUGAGCAGCUAGACAGUCUAAGCAUUAAAGAGCUUCAACACUUGGAGCAGCAGCUUGAAACUGCUCUGAAGCUUAUAAGAACCCAAAGGAUCCAGCUACUCCUUAAUUGCAUAACAGAGUUUCAGAGAAAGGAGAAAUCUCUGCUGGAACAUAACAGUCUUCUGGAGGCGAAGUUGUGCUCUUUCCAACUUGAUCCGCAGAUCACCGAGACUGCUACCCAGAAUCCAAACAGGAAACAACAAAAACAAGACCAAGUAAACUCCUCGCCGUCUCCCUUCCUACCACCAAACCACCUUCCAACCCUGAAUUUGGGGCUAUACCCGGCGAGUGAUGGCGAGGAGGCUGAAGAUCCUACGCUUCUUCAGAUGAAUAGCAUCAGCCUGCCGCCAUGGAUGCUUCGCUCCUCAACCUAAUCCUGAACAGAAACACUGGUUGCUGUAGAUCUCCCGCAUGCGACCUUCUAAUCAAAUCCGGCUUAAAUCCGGCUCUGCUAAAAUAUCACAAGUCCCUAUGUAUACAGUGUUCUCUUGUAAUGCAUAACUGUGGUGUGUGCGCUCGCUGGAAUAUCGUACCAAAAUGUUUCUGGCAACAACGCUAAAAUACUUGAUGUAAAAGAUAUAAUAUCGUUGGGCGUUUAUAAGAUAAACAUU